UCAUGCUCGUGGUCUCUGCGCUACGUCAGCAGUGAUACAGAAACAUGGCGGUGUCCAUAGCACAGCGCCCGACUGCUAACGGUCGUGUGUUGUUAAUAACUUUUCUCACAACGAUAAUAUUUCACUGCAGUGUCGCUGACGUCGCCGCCGGUGCCUCGACGUCAGGGGAGCUUCCUCACCGCCGAUUCGAGUACAAAUACAGCUUCAAAGGACCGCACCUGUCUCAGCCCGACGGCGGGGUCCCGUUUUGGAUCCACACUGGAAAUGCUAUUCCCAGUGCAGACCAGGUGCGCAUCACGCCGUCCCUCAGGAGUCAGAAGGGCUCCGUGUGGACAAAAAACAAAGUCAACUUUGACAACUGGGAGGCCGAGGUGACAUUCAGAGUAUCUGGAAGAGGACGGAUGGGAGCGGACGGUUUGGCUGUGUGGUUCACCUCGGAGCAAGGCCUCGACGGUCCGGUGUACGGCGGCGCCGACCAGUGGAAUGGAGUCGGAAUCUUCUUUGACUCCUUCGACAACGACGGAAAGAAAAAUAACCCAGCUAUAGUUGUUGUGGGAAAUAAUGGCAAACUUGUUUAUGACCAUCAAAAUGACGGCACCACACAAGCCCUCGGCACAUGUUUACGAGACUUCCGCAACAAACCCUAUCCUGUCCGAUCCAAAAUAACGUACUACCAGAAGACGCUGACGGUGAUGAUCAACAAUGGUUUCACUCCUGACAGAGACGACUACGAGUUCUGCACAAAGGUGGACAACAUGGUCCUCCCCGGUGAAGGCUUCUUUGGCAUUUCAGCUGCCACCGGUGGUUUAGCAGAUGACCACGAUGUUUUGUCCUUCUUGUUGUUCAGACUCUCGGAGCCGGGCCAGCAACCGCCCCCACCUGAAUCUGAGAUUCCUAAAGAAGAGAAGGACAAGUACCAGGAGGAAUUUCAGAACUUCCAGCAAGAGCUCGACAAAAAGAAAGAGGAGUUUCAGAAAGAGCACCCAGACGUCCAAGGAGAGCCAAUUGAGGACAUCUACGAGACCGUGAAUGACCGGGAGAUCCGUCAGGUGUUUGAGGGCCAGAACCAGAUCCACCUGGAGAUCAAACAGCUCAACCGGCAGCUCGCUAUGAUCCUGGACGAGCAGCGCCGAUACGUCAACGUCCUCACUGACGAGGUCGCCAAGAAGGGGACGAACGCCGAGUCGGCACAGCUGGAUACUGCAGGCCAACAACAGUUGGGCUCCGUCAUAACCACCCAGCAGGAGGUUCUCAAAAAUCUGAACGAGCUGAGAAACUCCUUUACUGAGUCACUGAAACAGAUCGGCUCGACCCAACACCAGGGUAACGCAGGCGGAAUAGGAACCUACGAGACCAUUCAGCACUUCAACGACAUCAAGGAACACCUGCACAUGGUCAAAAGGGACGUGGAGCACCUGGUGCAGCGUAAUGCUCAGAAUCCAGCUGAGAAGAUCAUGAAGUGCCCCGAUGUGCCGCCCAUGCCGACCUGCUUAUCAACUCUUCAUUUUGUGAUCUUCAUCGUCGUCCAGUCGGUCCUGUUCUUCUGCUACGUCAUGUACAAAAGUCAACAAGAAGCAGCAGCAAAGAAGUUCUUUUGAUGAAAUACAUUUAUGAAAAGAAAGCGUGUAAAUGAGGAAAUGUCCAUUUUGGUAAUUUGUUUUGAUUAUUUUCAGAUUGUAAAUUAUUGUACUUGAAAAUAAUUUGUUUUAAUUUGAUCAGUAAAGUGUUGCGUAUGAAUUCUCUUGUGAGACCUGUGGAUUUCCAACAAGAUGUAACAUUUUCCUUGCAGUAUUUUUGGAUGGUCGGUUCCUUUUUGAGUUUGUUUUCAAAAGUCAAAAUCAUCCCAUUUCAUGAAACUGAGCUGAUGAAAACUAAAAAAACCUGUGUUUUGAAAUGUGCAAUUUUGUAUAAAAUAUUGAACUAUUAGUGACGAAAACUCAGAGCAGAUCGCUGCUUCCGUUUACCUGCUUUGAUCGAGUCAAACGUGUCAGAAUCUGACGUAUACCCGACAUGAACAAUUUACAUAAACAGAAAACCCAAAUCA